AUGCUCUUAACCUGGACAUCCAGCACCCUAUUCUGGAUCCUGUCAGCAUCAUGUCUGGUCAUUUUCUGGCUCGCCAAGUCAGUCCUCUAUGAGCUCUACUUCUCGCCACUGCGCCGCUUCCCAGGUCCACGGUCCUGGGCCAUUUCUCGCAUUCCACUGCAGAUCUCUGUCUUGCGGGGCCACAAUCAUCUGGAUAUCACCGAUCUACAUGAGCGUUAUGGUCCCGUUGUGCGCAUCAGUCCUUCCGAGUUGGCUUUCAAUACUCCGCAGGCUUUUCGAGAUAUAUAUGGAGCUCGGCCUGGCGGAUGUUUUCCUAAGGAUCGAAGCCACUAUAUCCCGCCGGCGAAUGGGGUCGAUCAUCUCGUUUGUGCGAUUGAUCAUGGCGUACAUGCGCGACAACGGCGACUACUGGCUCAUGCGUUUUCUGAACGCGCUCUCAGAGAUCAAGAGGGUUUAAUUACUGGGUAUGUGGAUACAUUGAUUGGCAAGUUGCGGGAAGAAGUGGACAAAAGCCCGAAUUUCCAGGUGGACAUCAAGAAUUGGAUGAACUUUACUACUUUUGAUAUCACGGGUGAUCUGAUGUUUGGCGAAUCAUUCGACUGUCUCAAAGAUAGUCGGCUGCAUCCGUGGAUACAGUUGAUUUUUAGCUCCAUCAAAGCUUUGUCUAUAACUGGUGUGGCGCAGCAGUUCCCUAUCUUGAAGGUAAUGCUUGCUGCCCUGAUUCCUAACGAAAUGAAGCGCAAAGCGAAAGAACAUUUUGAUCUCAGUGCGAGGAAGGUUGACCGUCGGUUGGAUGCGAAUAUCUCUCGGCCGGAUUUCAUGUCCGCUAUUUUGCAGAAUGGGCUGAGUGAGACCAAGGGGCAGUAUGUGGAUGGCGAGAAGAUUAUGAGUAGGGCUGAGAUUCACUCAAAUGCCUUUAUUCUCAUCGUCGCAGGUAGCGAGACAUCCGCGACUCUUCUGUCCGGCUGCAUGUUCUACCUAUGCACCCACCCACUCGCUAUGCACCAACUAGUCACCGAAAUUCGAUCUGCCUUUGCCAAAGACACCGAUAUCACCUUCAGCGGUGCCGCAAGUCUUGCCUAUCUCGCCGCCGUCAUCGAAGAAUCUCUUCGAAUAUAUCCGCCGUUUGUCACCAGUCUUGCCCGCGUCGUUCCAACAGGAGGGUCUACGAUCGAAGACCAUUAUAUUCCCGAAGGGACUACAGUAGCAUGCCACCACUACGCAUCCUAUCAUUCCGCAUCGAAUUUUGCAUUCCCCCACGAUUUCCUUCCAGAGCGUUGGCUUGGUCAGGAUGCGCGGUUUGACCAAGAUAGAAGAGAUGUUCUCCAGCCCUUCAGCCUUGGACCAAGGAACUGCCUUGGAAAAAAUUUGGCAUACUGCGAGAUCCGCCUUAUCCUCUGCAAACUUCUGUACCACUUUGAUCCCGCGUUAUGUCCAGAAAGUGCCAAUUGGACAGAUCAGAAGGUUUAUUUUUUGUGGGAUAAACCUAAGCUUAUGGUGACACUGCAGCCCCGGUUCUUGGAAGAAAGCUAG